AUGGCUUCCAAAACCAGCAACGGGAACCUCGCCGAGAGAGACGCGAGUCCCCGCAUCGUGCCCAUGAGGGUGAUUGUCUGCGGCCUGAUGAGGACAGGCACCCUGAGCAUGAGAGCCGCCCUGAGGCAGCUCGGCAUCCACGACGUCUACCACAUGCAGACCACCGGCACAAACCCCCAAGACAUCCCCGAGUGGUCCCGCGCCAUCGACGCAAAGUACAACGGCGUCGGCGAGUUUGGACGCGAGGACUGGGACAAACUUCUCGGUACCCACCAGGCCACCACCGACAUCCCAGCCUCCUUCUUCGGCGCCGAACUCGCCGCCGCCUACCCCGAAGCCAAAGUCGUCAUCCUCAACCGCGAGCGCGAAAAGUGGUACGACUCCUGCCUCUCCUCCAUCCACGCCGCCUUCUCCUCCCUCUCCACCCUCGACAAGAUCCUCAUCGUCCUCUUCGACCCGCCCUUCCGCCAGUUCGGCGGCUUCAUGCGCAAGAUCAACACCCAGGACGGCUGGGCGCCCCUCUGCCAGCACCUCGGCUUGCCCAUCCCCACCGUCGUCGGCCCGGACGGCUUCCUCGUCGAGGCGCCCUUUCCCCGCCUCAACGACGGGGCUUCCAUGCGCGCUGCCGCCCAGAUCAAGAUGGCGCAGAUGCGCGCUAGGGUGUUGACGCGCCUCGCGGGCUGGGCUCAGAUCCUGGCUAUCGUCGUCUUGGUGAUCUAUAUCUGGUAUACGAGGAGGUCGACGUCCGGACCGUUGGAGCUUCCCUCUUAUCUUGAGAAAGGAUCGCCCGGUCGUGUCCGGGGCCGGUUCGAUGGCAUCGGCCUCGCGAAGCAGAUGCCGAGCGCGAUCGAAAGAGUGAGGAGAAAUACCUGUAGAUUUCGCAAGGCACGCACACGCGCACUCGGUCAACUCGAGUUCGAUCAAGCUACCGUUGGGACACGCGCCGAUAGUGACGGUACAACCCGCCGAUUGCCGACGCGCCGCGGCAGCGGAGAGAAGAGGAGAAGCGGCGACUUGUGUGAGCAUGACGGCUACGAGGCCGGCAAGGCUGAGUGGAAGGUGCAUCUCGAGGAUGGUGAUUUGACACUUGGCUCAGGCCCCGAACGUUUUGACUUAUUCAAGGUCUCCAACCUGACAAAGGUACUGCGGUAG